AUGGCAGCGCAGCCUCGCAAAACUGUUAAAGGGAGGUCCUAUGGUCAAAGGAGACCUCCACUGACCCACAUUUUGAAAAGUAUCUUAGAAAGAUACCCAGAUGGAGGACAAAUCUUAAAGGAAAUUAUUCAGAAUGCAGAUGACGCAGGCGCCACAAAAGUGUCCUUUCUCCUUGAUUCGCGUCAGGGCUUUUACGGAGGGAACUCGCUCGUCGCACCCAGUCUUUCUCAGUUCCAGGGGCCUGCUUUAUAUGCUCAGAACAAUGCUUUAUUCGAGAAAAGUGACUGGGAAAACUUGCAGAAAUUAAUGGAUAGCAAUAAGAAGGAGGACCCUUUAAAAGUUGGUCGAUUUGGAAUUGGCUUCAAUUCUGUUUACCAUUUGACUGGGAGGUCCUAUGGCCAAAGGAGACCUCCAUUAACCCACAUUUUGAGAAGUAUCUUGGAAAGAUACCCAGAUGGAGGACAAAUCUUAAAGGAAAUUAUUCAGAAUGCAGAUGACGCAGGCGCCACAAAAGUGUCCUUUCUCCUUGAUUCGCGUCAAGGCUUUUACGGAGGGAACUCUCUCGUCGCACCCAGUCUUUCUCAGUUCCAGGGCCCUGCUUUAUAUGCUCAGAACAAUGCUCUGUUCGAGGAAAGUGACUGGGAAAACUUGCAGAAACUAAUGGAUAGCAAUAAAAAGAAUGACCCUUUAAAAGUUGGUCGAUUUGGAAUUGGCUUCAAUUCUGUUUAUCAUUUGACUGAUCUGCCCAGCAUCGUGAGUGGAGAUUGUAUUGUAUUUCUUGAUCCUCACGAAAUACACUUUGGUAGAGGGGAAACGGGACAGCAAUUUUCCCUUGAGGAUGAACUCCUUGAAAAUCACGAAGACCAGUUCAAGCCGUACGAGAAUGUCUUAGACUGCAAAAUUUCGACUCGAUUCUACAAUGGAACUUUGUUUCGUUUUCCGCUACGAAGUGCACCGUCAGACUUAUCCAAAAAGGUUUACAGUAAGGAAAAAGUUUCCAAAUAAUUUCAAGCCCUCAAAGAGGAAGCACCUGUCAUCCUGCUCUUCUUGAAAAACAUUGAAGAAAUUGCUCUGUUUGAAACUGAUGAGAGAGGUGUUGAAAGACAUGUCUUUACAGUUCGACUGAGUGACAGCUGCCGGAGAGAAGUUGGAGAGAAGAAGAGUAAUUUUUUUAAUAAUUUGAGAAGGCUGAGCGCCGGGCAAAUUGAAAAAAUCAAUCUUCCUUUGGAUUUGCAUGUCCUUGAAAAGACUGAAGGAGGAAGAGAGGUGGAAAAUAAAUGGCUUGUGUACCACCAGGUUGAUGCUCGAAAUUCAACUCUCAGAAAUUUGUCCCUAGAAUUAGGUCUCCUGCCUUGGGUGGCCUGUGCCACACCAGUGAAUGCAGCCAAACUUCAAGCUCUCUCAUCAAGAACUGGAAGAAUAUUCUGCUUCUUGCCACUUCCACCAGACGCUGACUCCAGGACAGGGUUGCCGGUUCACGUCCAUGGCUACUUUGGCCUCACAGAUAAUCGGCGUGGUCUUAAAUGGUCAGGGCUUUGGGUUGCUGAUAAAAUCAACAGUUCACUACGAAAUUACAACUUGAAACAAACACGUUUAGCAAAACAAACAUUUCUUUAA